UGUUCGAAAUACAACAAGGACAUCUAACGUACGGUUUCAUAAAUGGGCGUGGUCACAAGUUUAAAGAAUUUUGGAAUUGGAGCUUGAAAACGUUAGCGUCUUAUUUUUAAAGCGGUGUUCUCAAAUAAUAGACAGCUUGCCACGAUGUCAGAAUCACUGGAUAAAGUACCUGAUGUGGAUAUCGAUGAUCAUGGAAAAUUUAAAUACGUCUUGAUCAAAGUUUUUGACGAACGUAAAAAUGUCUUCAAACACAUCGUCAGAGGUUAUCUAGGACAUGAGCGGCAUUACGAAAUUUAUCGGGAGGUUGCCUUUAAAGUGGAUACGAUUCGUGAUUUGCGCACCUCGUGCGUCGGGGGUGGAAAAAUAGAGCACGACCCGGACAAGAAGACCAUUAAAGUCUACGGAUACUCCGUAGAUUUUGGGAUGGCGGAUCACGAAUUGAGCGUCAGUCUACUGAAAAAGAAGUAUCCCGACCACACGAUCAUUCAUAUCGACGAAUCAUGAAUUACCGAAGAAGGAUUUGUCCUCCGCGUUGCACAACGAGAGACGUAUUCAAACGCGUUAAAUGUUUUUCAUUGUAAUAAUGUAAUUCAAUAAAGAGCUUCUGUGGCUUCUA